CCUAUCGGAAACAGCCUUUAGCCGCGAAUACCAUUGGAAAGUGUAGAUUUUAUUUAAUGUAAUAUAGUGCCCUUUGUACAAAGUGUAAAAUGUCUGGGAUGCAAAUAUCUAGCUACCUUAGGAAGUAUCUAGCCGAUGAGGACAAAAAAAUACGAGAGGAAUUCAAAGAAAGCGAUCCUAAUAACGAAAUGAUUCUAUGGAUGCACGAAAAAACGAGAAUAACAGAGGAGGAUUUGGCGCGCCCAUACACCGAGGACGAAGUAAGGGAGCUGUGUUUACGCACCAAAGUAAAAGUCAAUAUGACUGCUUGGAAUUGCUUGUGGGAAGCCAAAAAGAGAUUUGAUGCAAAAGGACGUUUUGAAAGGAAGUCCGAGGAAUUUAUCAACCUAAUGUAUUUGAAAGCGGUGCGCAGGAAGAUGGUCCAACCGUAUCCGGAGGACUAUGUGGCCCAGCGAAGAGAAGUUGCUGCCGCGGAGACCAAGAAGGACAACAUCAGCCGAUUGGAUAGAUGGCAAAAGCAAAAGAGGCGAAACCAAUCAGCACCGGAAUCAUCUUCAGCUCGGGGCGCUCAUGCAACUCAGCCAGAUUCUCAGGAUAAUGAAGUGGUGGAGAUCCAUGAUGACACAAAUCGUUACUCAGUGUCUCAUGCAGUGGCUCUGCCAGUCAUGACGCCAUCAGAUCUUAGCGGAAUCGGGGACGAUGAGGACGAACAGCAGCAGCAGCACCACCACCACAAGCACAGGUCAGGAUUUCAAAAUGAGCACGCCGACUGUCCAGAGACACAGAUGAGAUGUGAUCAAGCUGAUUCGGGCAGAUUGCCGAAUGGACCGACAAAUUCCGAGUCUGAGCCGGACUACUAUAUGUUUGGCACCCAAUUGAGCAGAUCAAUACAACCCACGUCGACUCAGGAGGCUGAUGACCAGCUAGCUUGUCCAGAGACAGAGAUGAAUGAGAGCUGGGUAAGGUGUGAUCAAAUUAAUUCGGAAAGUAUGUCGAUUGGACCGUCAAUUAAUUCAGACGCAAGUAUCAGUUUCCAAAACUCGGGGUCUGAGCCGAUCGACGUUGAUGUCAAUUGAAAGUUCCAAUUUUUAACUAUAUAAAGUUCUGCUUUUAUUGGUGUUAAUUUAUUAAAAACAUGUAAUCCCUAAAAAUGUUAUAAAAUGUAUAAUAAAAAUUCUUAAUUAAAA